AUGUCGGCCCUCUAUCCCCAGCCAUCGACAACCGGGAUUCCGCAUCCGGCCCCGGGAUUCUACACCGAGGUCCGCAUGCACAUGCAAUACCAAAUGUACCCCGUGGAACCCAGGCGCCCCGAUCACUCCCUGUACACGACGGCCAUGACAGAUUGCACCGUCGUCGCCACGUUCAACACCGUCACCCGCCAACGCACCAUGUGCCACGUUGCUGGGGGCAACAUGAGCGAUGGCUUCGUGCAUACUCUAGCCACGCAGUUCAUUGACGCCAACACCAUCGUCAUCAUCGCCAGCGGCACGUCGCCCAGCCACUCGGGGUUCGUGGACGAGUUCAGGAACGCGGUCCAGAGGAUAGCCGAGGGGAUGCAUCGCGUCGGACGCGGCAGCGUCCUCUCCAGAGCCGAUAAUUCGAGCGGGAGACCCAGGCCGACACCCGGCGCCAGGUUCUGGAUGUACCACACCUCCCGCCUCCCCCACAGCGUUGACGGUAGCUCCUUCAUUCUCCGACCCGAUGGCGUGUUUGGACGCGAGGGCAGCGGCCCCGUCCUCCUCUGCGCUACCACUCUCUCGGGCUCUCAAUCGCUCCCCAUUUAA